AUGGCAGGGAAUCAGAAACUAUGCUUUUUUCUUCUGUUCUUUUUUCAUCACUGCUCAAAUUUCUCUACCUCUUCAGCAGAAGCAUCCAAUGCCAAUCACCAAUUACCUAAAAGAUUUUUUGAUAUAACAGCACCUGGGUCAGCACCUGCGCCAACUCCCGAUGUACCGAAACCAGCACCUGGGUCAGCACCUGCGCCGACUCCCGAUGUACCAAAACCAGCACCUCACUCAGCGCCUGCACCAUCUCCGAAUACAACGAACGUUCACCCACCGCCGCCGCCACCUCCACCUGUAGUUCUUCCGCCUCCACCAUCAGAUUCACCUCUCCCCAGUUUUGAGACAGGGCAAGAGAAAGGCUCGUCAUCUAAACUAAGUGGAGGACAGAAGGCAGGGAUAGUGAUUGGAACUCUAGCAGGGACUGGAAUAUUAGCAUUUGGUGGAUGCAUAUAUAUGAAACGCAGAAAUAACGUUAACAGAGCUCGAUUGGCGUCGUCAGCAAGGAUACCAGUUCUUUAA